AUGAUUUUAUAUUUUAUUUCAUUCGCACGAAAAGGUGAAUUUGAAACAGGUUUUGAUCGAGGUGGUCAAACACGUGAACAUGCUAUGUUGGUAAAAACUGCUGGUGUGAAAUUUCUUGUUGUAUUAGUCAAUAAAAUGGAUGAUCCAACUGUAAAUUGGGAUGAAGAAAGGUACAAGGAAAUUCAAAGCAAACUAACUCCAUAUUUACGCAAAUGCGGCUUUAGUCCGAAAACAGAUAUUGUAUACAUUCCUGUUUCGGGUUUAACUGGAGCGUUUUUAAAAGAUCGGCCUACUUCCGAGUUUGGUUCUUGGUACACAGGCCCAUGUUUUAUCGAAUAUAUUGAUUCUAUGUUACCGUCAUUCAGUCGUGAUUACGAUGGACCGGUGCGUGUGAUCAUUGUGGAUAAAUACAGUGAUAUGGGCACCAUAAUUAUUGGAAAGAUGGAAUCUGGUGUUGUUGUGAAAGGCCAGACGUUGACAGUUAUGCCAAACAGGACAAACAUUCAAGUGAUUCAGUUGUGGUCAGAUGAUGUGGAAGUUGAUAAAAUUGUUUCUGGUGAUAAUGUAAAACUGAAAUUAAAAGGGAUUGAAGAUUCUGAUAUCUUGCCUGGUUUUGUCUUGUGUAGUCCGGAAGCGUUAUGUCACGUUGGAAGAGUUUUCGAUGCGGAAGUAGUCAUUCUCGAUCACAAAUCAAUAAUCGCAUCUGGCUACUCUUGCGUGUUACAUAUUCAGUCGGCAACAGAAGAAGUUGUUGUAAAGGCUGUGAUUUGCACAAUUGACAAGAAAACGGGGAACAAAGUAAGAGCACGAUUCGUAAAACAGGAUGAAAAGUGUAUAAUGCGACUAGAAAGUUCUGAAUCAUUUUGCCUUGAACCAUUUAAAAAUUUUCCACAGAUGGGCCGUUUUACAUUGCGUGAUGAAGGCAAAACAAUAGCAAUUGGAAAGGUACUAAAAGUUAUAGAGUAG